GCUGUGGAUCGCCUGCGAUCGUUUAGGUGGCCUGAAGAAUAAAUAGAAAAAGGCGUAUUAUUAAGCGUAUUAUAAUUUAAAAUAAACACGCGUCGGAACUUUGCAAGUGCCUUUUUUUUAAACAUAACGUUUAGUUUAAUGCGAAUUAUUUUAUAAACUUAAGAAGGAAAAAAUCGUAGUGAGCAGAUGCUAACAUUUUAUUUUUUUAAGUGUUUUAAUUGUGCUUACAAGUAUAAUAAAUUGCAAUUCUAUUAUGCACUGCAAUUAUUUGAUUGAUUAAAUGAUUGAUUGAGACGAAGAGUGUACGCAGAGAGAAAACAGGCUAAAACCUACGCAUGAAUUUUAAAAAAGAAUCGAGUCUAAAACAACGCUAGAGAAAGUACGUACUGCUAUAUACUCGUAUGCAGAAACGCAGAGCGGAGAAACGAGCGAAAAAAAGCGAAACAAAUAAGCAGCAAAAUAAUGCAGCAGCAACUGCAGCAACUACAACGAAACUAACAACGAACAGCAGUAGUAAUAACUUCAUCAACAACAACAACUUAACACUAAUAGCAACAACAUUAAACGCACCUAUGGAGGCACAUUUUUACACAACGCGUAGCAAGCGAAGGCGAAGGCGCAGCCAAAUUCUAAACGUGGCUGACGACCACACAGAAUUAGCAACAGAAACAUCAAUACCAACACCAACACCAACAGCAGCAGCAACAGCAGCAACAGCAACAACAAUAGCAAUCCCUGCAACAUCUCCAACAACAAUAGCAGCGAGAAGCGCAACAGCCAGAUGCAGUCAACCAACACUGCUCCAAAAUGCAUUUCACACUUUCAACAUCUUGAGCAGCAGAUGCUGCAGUCGCGCCACCGCCUAUAUGGCCCUCCUGCUGCUCUCCACAACCGCCUGUUCCUUGUGCGCCUCCGCCAGCUCACCAUGCGAGCCGAACCACUGGUGGGAUCCUGUGCAGGACAAAUGCAUGCCCUGCACCCAAUGCCAGGGUGAAAUGAUACCGUUGCGUCCCUGCCAACUGCAUCGCGAUACCAUCUGUGGCUCCAUCUACGACUUGAACAUUGACUGGGUGGUGCUGGCCAAGACCGAACCCAACUGGAAGGAGCGCCGGAAGUCAGAGUAUGAGCAUUUCGAGCACGAUUCUGUACCGCUGCAGCAUUUGACGCACGAGCAACUGCAACAGUUGCAUGAGGAGGCUGCGGCCUUGCCCUUGGAUUGGCAAACAGGCCUGCUCUUCAUGGCCGUCUUGGCCUGUUUGCUCUUCUUCUCGGUAGCCGCCUGCAUACUCAUACAUCAUAUGCGUCAAUGGCGACGCAUGGAAAGGCGUUUGGAUCAAGAUGUGGAGGAGCUGUCAACGAAACUAAUGGCCAAGUUGGCCGAAGUCCAGAGCCUGGAGGGUGGCACAUUCUUUAUAGGCAAUGCGGACGCGCUUCGCGGCAUGAGUGCGACGACGGCGUCGGCGGUGGCGACGCACACAGCGGCCAGUUCGGCAAUCUUUCAGCCACAACAUGUGCUAUUGCCGGAUAAACACGGCAAGAAUCACCACGAGCGACGCAUUCUGAAGACGCUGCAGCCGGGCAAUGUAUACAUUGAGGAGAACGGCAGCUCCAAGGGCUGAGCGCAGCCUGCUCUGAGUUUAAAACUACUUAAAAAGUUGCGCUUAUUUAAUGGGAAAUAUACAUAAAUGCAAUAACAUCUACCAUGAGAAAUUAUCUAAGAAAUACAUAUAUUGAAAGAAAGAAGAAAAAAAAUUGAAAAAUCUUCAAUUUGAAAAUGCAUAAAAAAAGGGAUGACAAAAAAAUAACUAUUUGUUUAAGCCUCUAUGCCAACGCGCCCAUAACUUCAACUUUGAAUUAUGUACGAGUGUGUUUUUUUUUCUUUGCUAAUAAUUUAAUCUAAAUGUUAUGUUGACUUGUUUGUAAUGCAAAAAGAGUUGAGGAAUAUUAGGAGGAGGUAUAAUCAAUUAAUAAAAAGUGGUAAACAAAAUUUGUAAAUAAAACAGAAAUUCAUAAAUUAUGUUUUCUUCUUACGUUCGUUUCCUUGUUGCGCAACAAUGACGAACAUUUCGAAUACAUGAAAUAAAUUUAUAGUAUAUAUACACACAUAUAUACAUUAAUAUAGAGCAUACAUAUGAACUAAACUAAUAUUAACAGAAUCAAAAAUUUUUACUUAAUGUAAAUAUUAAGGCGAGCGAAAAGGCGACAAUCAAGCAAUAUCGGAAGCAUAUCAAUGAGAACUACUACUUCCUACUAUAUAGGGGCAUAUAGUUGUGCAUAUAUAUCAUAUGUAGUACAUACACACACUUAUGUAUAUACAUACAUACAUACAUGUGCAACACUUUAAAUAUAUCGUUUGAACAACAACAUUUGAAAACAAGUGAACAAAUGCCUGACAACAUUCAAUCAAAAUACAAAAUGUCCUUUAAUUGAAUGGAUUUCAGCUUUUGUUAACAUCCGUAAAAGCUAUUCAUAUGUGGCGCGGCAUUAGGGCUGCAAAUAAUUAAAUAAUACAAACAACAAUGAAAUGAAAACGUUUAUAUUUUAAGUGCGAUAGAUGUGUUACAAUAAAACUUUUUAUUAAUUAA